GUCAAACUCUAUCGUUUUCUCAUUUCUCAAGUAUAUUGUUUCUAUCAUUUCUCUCUAUCGCAUUUCUGUCUGUUGUCUGUAUUGCGAUUAGGGCUCCGGACAAUGGACAAUCAGUUGGAUACUUGGAUAUGCUAUUGGCGAUGUUGACGACGGCGAAGAUGUUCGGUCUCCGUUCCGCCAGAGGACCUGAUGUUCGAGGGAGAGCGGGUGAAUUCCGAGUACACAUCCUUGGCUUAGUCGACGAUUCUGGAGACUCCAAAGCCAGACUACUGGGAAAAUCGUUGUCACCAUAUCUGAUCCACAAAAUCCCGAGGCCUAGAGGAAGUAGCUUCUGCCUUAUGGCAAUUCAAGUUUUUGCCAGCUUCAACCUUUUGUUGGCAAUUUUGAAUUUCAGAUGUCCCUACAUUUUCUAAAAUUUUUAAAGAGGAAGCAGUGGACAUCUUGCUAUCUUUCGGCAGACAGACAAGGCAUCAAUGCUUGAAGAAGCUAUUGAAUAUUUGAAGCAGCUUCAACUGCAAGUGCAGGAGACGUCUGGCACCUAUUGGAUCUUAUAUAUUCCUCACAAUGAUUCUCCUCCCAUGGAUUGCUUGUGGUUAUUUGACAUUCGUGACGGAUCAGGACACGAAUCAAGGUAUACCAACUGCUGCUUCUCAAAGUCAAUAGCAAGUAGAAACCAGUGAAAGUUUCCAUCAUUGAUUGGGACAAAUACCUACGAAAGCUCUCCUUUAAGCCAUCCAUUGAUUGAAGGAUGCUGGCAAUAGCAGAUUCCAAUUUGCUUACACGUUCAGCGAGAACCUGCUAUCCACAAAAGAAUUUCAAAAAAGAAACGAAACCAGAAUGUCAAAUAGAUUUACAAGCUGGAAACAAUUAACAGACAACUUUGAACUCCACUAAUUUGGAACUCAACAUGCAGCAGAUACGUGAAUAUUAACCCGGUUAUUGAUUACUGGGAGAAAAGUGACAUUCACUGAGUUAAGAAAACAAUAUUUACCUAGAAGAGAUUUGAAUCACAAUUGCAUCAUUCUUGUCUUCCUUGAUGUUGAUGGGAGAUGUGCAAGAAUCCUCAUCUAAGUUGAUGAACCUUGUCCGUUUUGCUGUAGCGGUGCUUCUGUUGGCAGCCAUUGGCGCAGGCUUGAGGGAGAAUAGGCGCAGGCUUGAGGGAGAAUUGGCGGGGAGAAUUGGCGCAGGCUUGAGGGAGAAGUGGCGCAGGUUUGAGGCAGAUGAGCGUAUCCUAUUGGCGUAGGGUUGAGAGAUUAUAUAGAGUUUAGGUUUUGUAAAGUUUCCUAGUUCAAAUACAACACAAUAAGGUAGUAUCCUAUUGUGAUAGAGAUAUGUAUUUCUCAACUCUCAAGAAAAAUAAUUGUACAAAAUAAGAAUAUUUGAACCGACAAAAAUAAUAAUUUUACUUUGAAAAUAGGAAUAUAAUGUGUGAAUUA